UUAAGAAACAAAUUAAGAUUCGAAAUGUUGCUCUUUGUUAAAUUCUCGUAAAAUAGAGUAAAUGCUAAAAUUUUAUGUGUAAUCGUCUUACGUUAACAAGAACGAUAGAAAAUUGUCGAUAAGAAAUAAUAUAAUUAAUAAUGAUCGCCAUCCGGACGUGAAACUAAAAUAUAAAAUAAUCAAGCUAAGUUAAUAUGGCAGGUAAAAAAACCGACAUAGUCAAAAGUUCUAAGGAAUCCAACGAUGCUAAAGUUAAACUAAAGGAUCUUUGUUCUGACGAAAAAAUUCUACCGGACGUCGAAAUUAAUGCUUUGGGUAAAAUUACAAAACACAUAGAGGAACUUAAAGAGAAUGUUUCUAGUGGCGAUGAGAUAGACGAGGAGCUCGAAAACGAAUAUUACAUUUUAAAUGAUUUACUCAACUUCCCCGAAGAAACUCAUUCGCUUACAAAAAUAGAUCCUAAUUUACCAGAAUGUCUCAAAUACGGUGUUCGGUCUGGAUUGACACACAUGAAUAUGUCCAAAUUUUCACCAUUAUCGAGAGGCUAUCAGGGCGCGGCAAUCGCAAUAACAGCCUAUGCAACAACUUCACUGCAGAAAGCACGUUGCUGGAACGAGUUGAUCAUAGAUCAGAUAGUAGAGGAUGGCGAUAGUUAUUACCGUGACUCUUACAAGGAGGUGGACACAGAUGAUCGUAGGACACUGACCGUAGUCGACCUCAAGAAAGAUCUGAUUGUGCAAAACAGUCACCGCGUGUUUUUAAGAAUCGACGAGCCAAGUUACGCAGGUGCAUUUCGUUCCGAGUCUCCUACGGAGAUGCACCUAAUGAAGGCACUGGAUCUUUUUUUCAAGAGAUACGAUGCAGGUAUCCUAACCUCACCGCGAUUGAACGUGGCCAUCUGGCGGGAUGCUAGGCAGUUUAAUAUUUUCGAUGGACAGGCAAGAAAAGAAAAUUGUGAGCCGGUUUCAUCCGGUCAAGCUGGUUCAGCUAAGUUGAUGCUGGUGAGGGAUAUAUCUGGAGUCGCUUUUAUCAUCCUUGAGAAGAGUAACGUUAAGAACGAACCAUUUGUAUUAUUCGGCGUUGGGAUUAAAUGCGCAUAUAAGAUCCCAGCAACGAAGGAUGAUCCUGCCGAGCCGGAAAAAUCUAUUGGAAGACCAAAAAGGAGGCCCAGUGGUUACAAAAUACAGGAAGCAUUUCGAGCGCUGGUGCGAGGCUCUUAUCAUAUGAUGCAUUCUGUUAUUCCUAAGGAACUUCAAGGUCGUGGACAUCUUGUACUGGCUCUUGCGGCUUUAAUAUACUCGCGUCUCGUUAACGCCAAUAAGUGGAAUUCGGCUAUGGUUGAUUUAAUAUUUAAUCAAGCUCAUAUUUAUCUGGUGGAUCUGGUUAGAGUAUUGCAAAAGAAAUUCGAUGACACCUUCGAGCUGAAAAUCGAUGAAAUGAUCGGUGACGUUGUCUUGGGUAUAUACGCUGCUAAAGUUAAAGUGGAAGUAAACGUUGUGCCUGGCCAAGGAAAGAAGGGGAAGGCUACUAUAGAUAAUGGGGUUCGUGAAUUCUUUAAUAAGCACGCGACCGGUAUUUUAGAGGUCAAAAAGACCUUCUAUGCCAUUUGGAAAGAGUUCGAUAAGUAUUAUUUUUUUGAUCCGUUUGCCUGUGAUGAUCAAGGAUUCCGAGUGGAUCCAACGGAUCCUGAGUCUGCGGGAAGAUACAAAGCAGCUGUGGCGUGUGUCACUAUGAAUAGUUCCAUAAAUCAAAUGAUUGAAACGAUAUUGGAGAAUACUGGAAACAAGGAAAAGGAUCCAUUUAUAAUACACGGGCUACGCGUAUUGUACAUUAAAACAGGCACAGUCAUAGAUGGUCCUUUGGAUCGUGUGAUAUAUCGUGAGAGAAAAAUAAAUCGUAGACCAAAAGCAUUAAAGAAAGAUUUGCCAAUCUUAUCGAUAGAGGACUCUUGUAAAAAGGAAUUAGACAUGACCCCAAAGCCUAGACCGGAUGCAGAGAGGACGAAAGAUGUGGGUACGCAAUUUCCGGAAUUAAUGAAGAACAUUGAAGCUUAUAUGACAAGGGAGGGAGAGCCCAUGACUUUUGUCGAAUUACAAAUGUCUGAUAAUCCAAAUCCUAAUUUACAAGAUACGUCCCAGAAAACAGAUAAUACAGAGACUACUGAAAACGAUAAAAGAUUAUCGGAUAGUCAACGGGAGGCGAAACUUGAAAGCUUCAAAGAUUUGCUACGAACCGGAGAUGAAUCGUCACGAGUGGAAGAGAACGAAGAGAAACUGAUGGAGCUGGAGCAACAAGUGAAAUAUGUAAAAGGUUACCAUAUUGUUAAUCCACAUUGUAUAAUACUGCAAGGCUCGCGGAAUUGUUUAGAUUCACGGUAUCCAAAAAAGUGUCGUGGAAAACAAGGUUUAAUAAUAGCUCUUACUGGCAUCGCGUAUGCAAAGAUAAAGGAACCAUGGAAAUGGCGUAAUUUGGAUAUCGAUCAGAUAAUUGAUGUUGCUGACAAGACAUAUGCGGAGGUUGCAAUUUGGAUUUAUCAAGGUAGCAAAAAGACGAAAACGGAGAAUGACAACGAUGAUGGCGCAAGGGGAGAAACACGAGAGAGCGAAGGAAAUGUGAAAAAGAAAGGUUUAGGUGAGGAGACUAAAAGUAUGGGCAAAGCAACUGAAGUAGCCGGUUUUAAAGGUGUACCGGUUCCUAAUCAUCUUGACUUCACUGUGCUACCGGAAAAGUUACAAUUUGGCGAGAACGAGAUAUCUUUUAAGGGUAAAGUAAAUAUAGCCGAAGGUGAUGCAAAUCCACUUGCGAAUCUUGGCGAGGCUCUGGAAUGUUUGUUUAAACGUUAUGAAGAAUUAAUAGUAGAAAAUAGUAAUUUAAUAUAUGCCGUAUGGCGAAAAGAUGACAAGUUUUUUUUAUUAAAUCCAUACGGCAGUGACAGAGAGGGUUGGAGAAUCAGAGACCAUGCUGCUUCAUUAAUAGUGACAGAUAGCAUAAAUGAACUUAGUGAUUUAUUUCAUGGUAUUCUUGAAUUUAAUGAUUCCAAAUUUAACAUCCAUUUUAUUUCUAUCGAAUCGAUUCAACCUAAUGAUAAAUAUAUUAUAGCAAGUUCCGUAGAAAUGCCACCUGUCGAAUUUUCGGAAACGUAUCGAACUAAAUUUUUACCGAUUACCGACGAGGACUUAAUUGAUUCUAAAAUGGAAAAAGUUAACGUACAAGUCAAUCAAGAACCGGCGAAUGAAGGUAAGGUCGACCAAAUUGAUAAUAAUGAGGAAGAGACUUCAAAGAUAGAGGGAACUGGUCAAGGUGACGCAGUGAUACAAAGCGAAUCGGAGAAAGAGGUUGAAUCAGUAAAGGAUAUUCUUUUAAGCGUAGAAGAACAUACGCAACCCGAUGCACCAGAUAGAUUAAAUUUAUUUCUUCUCACCGAUGGCAUUGAUAUUGAAGAAGAAAAUCCAGAAAUUAGUGAAGAGUCCAAAGAAAUAAUUGCCUACGAGAGAUUGAAGUACAUGCACCCACCACCCUACGUUUUACCAUCGAAAAAGGCACUUUGCGUUCUUGCGGAAGCGAAACGUGCUUCGGCAUCUGUACAUUCGUUGCUGUCCCGAUUUUCGAUAGAUUCUAAAUUGGCUAUAAAAGAAGGCAGUGAGUUACCAGAAAAAAAACCAGCAGAACAAACAGCAGUCGUAGUGUCUGAUGCACUCGACAUGGCAAUACCCUCGAAGCUAAUUAAGUUUCCACUAAAAAAGUAUUUAGUCUCGAGAAUUUUAUCACUUGGUUUUACACCGCUUAGAGCGAUCGACGAAAGAUUCAUUCAGGACGAAGAUAUAGAUAAGAUUAUGGAAGAGGAAUGCAUUGCAAAAAGUCAGAAAAGUACAAAUGAGAAUAUCUACAGAGAAAAAGUUCCCGAAAUUCCUACAGAAAUUCGUAUCACACCGCUGAUAAUACCAUUGGGACCAACGAUAAGAACAUUAAGACCGAAGAAGAAAUUGAAAGCGUGCAUCGUCGGAAGCGACAGGAAAUGUAAAUUAAAGAAAAAAUACAAAGGAGACAGUAUUCUAGAGAAGCUCGAGUGUAAAACUGAAGAAGUAUUGUUCGACCUGCUGUUUCCGCAUUCCGAAGAGGCUGAAAAAGAUAUGAAAUUGGAAAAGAAAAAGGAUCCUUGUAAGGAGAAAAGAAGAAAAGAGUCCAACGUGCGGAUGAAGGAUGAUAAGUCAAAGGUUAAAAAGUCCACGGAACCAGAAAGUUGUGGAUUUAAAGAUACAGACGACGAUAUAGGUAUAAUCGAAGGAAACACGUGCCUGAAGAAUCGAGGGGAAGUCGAUGAGUGUCAUUUUAAAGCAUGUUAUUACAGUGCAAUUUUAUGCAUUCUUGCUAAAGUGCAAUUAGACGUUGACAAUUUCCGUGGUAGUAUUCUAGACCAGUUUAUACUAGUAGGCGACAAAAUAUAUCAGCGUACAGGAAAGUUACGAUACAAACCAUUAAGGUGGUUUCACAACAUCGAAAUUCUCGGUGCACGAUACAACGUGAUACUCAAACAAGUACUCUACGCCGACCCGGAGAAUUGUGAAGCAGAUAACUUACUUGCCGGGGUAGAUGCCUACCUGAAGAAGGAUCAGACGGGCAUUUUGGUAUUCGGUAACGCGUCCUAUGCCUUCUGGCUGAACGAAGAGCGUCUCUACCUUUUCGAUCCGUAUGCGUGCGAUGACAAAGGCCGCGCCAAUGAAACUGGUUUGGCCUGCCUCAUGGAAUUUUGCGACGUGAGUUCCAUGAUUAAGCGUAUUCAGGAAAACACUGGUGAGACAUCAGAUAAACCAUACCGCGUGUAUUCCCUAGCGAUUGCACACAUGGAGGAAAUAAAGUUAAAGAGAAAGAAAAAGAGAAAACCUAGGAAGAAAUCAUGCGAUGAAAAGACAUCGGAUGAAGAUGAAUCAUCAGAAACAUCAGAAAAUCAUGAACCCGUUGAGGAAGUAUCAUUAAUAGAGUUACCAGAAUGGAUCGAUAAAAGGAUUGAUAACGCGUACGAUAUGACAAUCGCUGGCUAUGCACCAAUCCCAAAUUACAAUGCAUCCACGAUAGAGGUCAUUGUUCUUGAGAAUGAUAUUACCAGACCGAUCCUGGCGCCAUUUAAGAAAGCAAAAGUUACAUCGGCCGAUGGGAAAAUUAAUGCUAAUUUGCUUGAUGAAAUUCCAAGGAAGAAAAUAUAUGAUAGACGUUUCAAGAACCAUACUGCUGUGGCUAUUCCAAUAGAUUUAUGCAUUAUGGCUUGGGGAAUUAUACACGAGCCAACGCAUUGGGGGAUUAGAACGAUCAGGGGAUUAUACGAAGCUAGCAAGGAUCUUGCUUUAGACAGUUUAUUAGUAGGAGAGGAUACAACUGUUGCUGAUAUGGUAGAUGGAGUAUUGCUGGAAUUUGCUAUAGCGAAUUACACGUUCCGUACUGUGUUCGCACCUAUGCAUCAUGGCAUGCUGUAUGCAACAGAGGGUUGGAAUUUAGCUAUGUCCCUGAAGAAGGUUUUUGAAACUCCUGUUUACACUGGUGCGAUAAUCCACUGUGGAAAGGCGCACAUAGGCGUGAUGAACAGGAAGGGUCAUUAUUAUGCUUGGUGGACGAUGACGGGAACGAAGACUUUGAAAAUUGUUACUUCUCAGGAUAUCGAGGAUUUCUUGAAGCUGAUCGUUAAGGAGAUCAACGAACCGGAUCAAUUGGAAUUUUUCAUGAGGCUGGUAACGAUUUCCUAUGCCCGUAAAGUUUAUCCUGAUUGCGGCGAUACGGAGGGACUGCAUGAGAAGGCAAUGCCUACCACGUCUUUACCUGAAAUACAUAAAAAAAAUAUGACGUCCUACGACAUCGAAACUAUAUUUAGACCGAGUAUACCGAACCCCAAGCCAAUAUUCGUACAAGGAACUGUAGCCUUGCGUAAUCGUGAUACUGUUGUUGAACCCAGAGUGAAACGAUGCUAUUUCGUAGCGAUUUUAGCUGUAAUGGUAAAACGCGAUAUAAUUCAAAGUCCUAUGCCAGGUAUGGUAGACAAAAUUAUUGAGGUUGCUGAAGGACUCUAUAAAGAAUUCGUUGAGCCGAAAUAUCAUACUGAGCAUAUUUUGAGAAACGUAACCGUUAUGAAUAGAAUUUUUGAAUUUCGAGAUUCCGCAUCAACCCUCGUUAACUUUAAAGAGAAUUCAUCAACGUCCGGCAUUGACUUUUACUCUACGGUGAGGAAAUAUCUACAGAAACAUUUCAAGAAGCACACUGAUGGCAUAUUGCACUUUACCAAUUGUUGUUAUGGAUUUUGGUACUCCAGGUCGACUAAUUGUUAUUAUUAUAUCGAUCCGUAUCAAUGCAACGGUAAAGGCAAGAAAGUGUCGAGUGAUGGGAUGAGCUGCCUUUGUAUUUUUUCUUCAUUGUCUCAAAUGAUAAAGCACAUGUGUCAAAACAGAUUUGAAGACACUACAGGAUUUUUCCUUCACCGAUUACAUGUAGAAUCCAUCAAUGUGCCAGCUUUCACAAAGUUCCAGGAAGAUCCAAUGUGGGUUUAUCUUGACUUCCAUUGGAGCUUCAGUCAUGGAUUAGAUAUUGUGAAACAUGGAAGAAAGGGAAAUCGAAAGAUAGUUAAAGAGGAAAAACCUUCAUGGAAUUAUUACGUUAUUGAAGUGCCGAAUCUUAUUUAUUCCGUAUGGGGUACAUUGGGUUGUUAUGAUUCAAGAUUUGGUAAUAGAGCCGGUAAAAACCAGGCAGCGAUUUGUGUAGCUGUAUUAGCAAUGCAGUAUCUCAGCCAUCCUUCGCAAUGGGGUCCAGCAAUUUUGGAUUCUGCUGUGAUAUGCGGCGAUUGCUAUUAUACUGAGAGUUCAAAGAGUGCUUUACGAAAAGGAUCAAGACACGCCAAUAGAUUUAAUUUGCAGCCUUGCUUUAAAGUAUUUCCACAUGUAUGGAUGAUAGAAUUUAAGCCGAAUAUGUGUGGAAUACUAUAUGGUGAUCAAGGACGAAUGUCUUUGGCUGAUAUGUUGAAUUUGGCAUUCCAGGAAGCAUCAAAUGUUAUAAUCGAAUGUAAUAGAGUGACUCUUUGUGUACUUGCCACAGAAGAUGGCUAUUUUGCAACAGAUCCACGUUGGACGGGUCCACCGUUAUUUUCAAAAAACUACGGCGCUAUUUAUACACUACGUUGUAGAAAUAUUAAUGUUUUGGUAUACUGCCUGACCAAAAUGUUAAAUACUAAUCAGAGAUUGGAAUUCUCCAUUAGUCCAAUAUUGUUAACGUUCUCCCAAGAAAUUUGCAAGUUUAGUGGAGAAAAAGGUUUUUCCCCGCAGAAGAAAAUUCUUAAUGAUCCCGUUCGCGUUCGACCUGGAAAAUCUAAUGAUCCUGGUAAUUUGAUAUCUGAUUCCCCAACAGUGCCUGAUGAGGAUAUUUACCUUCAUUAUCGAAGAAAUCUGACUAUUGGUAUUGAUCAUGGUAGCGAAUUGGAAAAUCCACCCAUACCGUGUCCUGAACCCAAAUUAGAAAUUGAUAAUUUGAAUAAUACUCUAAUUAGCACUACGUGGCACUUGAACGUCGGCCAACCUAUUCCACAUAAACAUACAAAAAUUUUGUAUAAUCCUUUAUUAAUGAAAUCUGAUUUACGAGAAUGCGCAGGGCUACCUAAUGCAAUAGACGAUUCGCACACUAAAAAGAAUUAUGCUCAUUUAAUGGACGUCAAUAAGUAUCCAGAAUGGAUUGAUUUUAUGAAAAAUGUUACUGAAUCAUCUCAGAUACCUGCAAGGAUUUUGAAGGAUAUAAUGAAAUCUGAAAGAAAUGCCAUGCCAUUAGCUUUGAAAAAACCUCUACACUGUAUCAAAGCUCCCAGCUUUAUUUUGGAUAGGAGUCGUGCGCUGUUCAAUAAACAAAUUGAAGAAAUGACGGAUAAGGAAUAUACGACAUAUCGUCAUCGCAUAUCUCCAAUAAAUGAACGAAAAGAAGAAUCUGAUAAUUUGGAAGGUGGUACACAAGCAAUUGGACCGGAGAAUGAAAAUUUGGAAACUAAUAAUGAAACUAAAAAUGAAACUGAAAAUGAGACUGAAAAUGAAACUGAAAAUGAAACUGAAACGGAAUUGGAUACCGCAGAUACUAAAGAAGGCAAUUUGGAUGACAAUGGUGGAACGACUGAUGAAGGCGUGACGGAUAACGAAUAAUACAAGAGUGUGAUUUAAUUGUGUAAAAUUUAUGAACGUUUAUCAACAUUUAUCAAUACAUGUUUCAUGUAAUGAUGUUUUAUAAUGAUUCGGUCAGUUAUUGAAAUAAUCAUCGAUUCAAAACACCUCUUGCAUCAUGACUAUCCGUAAAACCAGUUAGUGUAAUAUUGUUAUUAGAAUAAAAAUUAUGUUCGACGGAAUAUGAGUUUUUAAUACUUCAAUUUUAAUAGCUAAUGCAUGCAUAGUUAUCACGCGAUGAUAUUUUUUUAAUCCUUCUACGUUCUAAGUAAUGAUCCGUCACUU